AUGCGCUCGAAGCCUGCCGAGACGGGAGGUUUGGAUGGGACGCUCCGACGCCGCAAUGCGGUUUUGGCCAGAUGCUCCAAGCUCGGGCGCUGGCAGCUGGCGCUGCUUUGCCUGGAGGAGAUGCCGAGCAAAGACAACUUCAGCUUCAAUGCCGCCAUCGCGGCUUGCGCCUCUGCUUGCAGAUGGUCUCUAUGUGCUUGGCUAUUUGAGCUUGCAGCAGCCGCUCCUGCACAGCCUGACACGGUCAGCUUGAAUGCGGUUGUGAAGGCUUGCGGCUCCCGCAACAGCUGGAGUUUGGCUUUGAACUGGCUCAAGGCCUCCGAUUUUGCGGCCGUGCGUAGCGACGCCAUCACGUACACGCUGGCCAUCCAGGCUGGCGCUGGUGUGCGCCGCCAAAGUGAAAGCAGCGGCCUGGCCUUGCUGGGAGCCGCUCUCAAGAAGCGCAUAGUGCUCGACCAGGUCGCCAUUGGUGCAGCAGUGGCGUCAACCCGCAAGUGGCAUUCAGCUUUGACGACUCUUCGUUCCUGUGACAACCUCGGCCUCCUUGCAGGAGUGACCGCCUACAAUGCUGCGCUGUCCUUCUCGCCACCAUGGAGGGAAGCAUUGUCACUACUUCGUCACACGGCCAGGCGAGUCCGGAGAGACAUCAUCACCUUCAAUUCUGCAGCAAGCGCUUUGCAGGGCCCUGGUUGCUGGGCAUCGGCUUCUUCCUUGCUGGCCAGUUCCGCAGCAGCUGCGGUGCAGCAGGAUGUCAUCAGCUGCGAUUCCAUGCUUGGGGCUUGCACGAGAAGCCGGGUAUGGGAGCAGACGGUCCGGCUGUUAGCCAGCCUCCACCUUCGCGCAGUCCGAAGCGAUGCAGCUCUGUAUAGCCGCUGCCUGUUCAAGGGCUCGAUGGGCUUCGACUGGCAGCUGUCGGUUCACCUUUUGCAAAGUACGCUGCAAGUUGCACUGGUGCCUGAUGAGACUAGUUAUGCAAGUGCCUUGGAUGCUUUUGCCACUGGUUGGGAUGCAGCCAUACAGCUCCUCAUGCAGCCGAAUUCGCGACGAAGUGCUCACGCAUAUGCGUCCUUGCUGAACCUUUGCGACAGGGUCGAUUGGCAGCAGCCGCCGAAGCCUUGGCAGCAGGCUCUACAGCUCCUAGGCGCAGCCAGGCGCGACAGUGCUGUGGAUACUUUUUGUGCGAAUGCGCUGAUCAAUGUUUGUGCAAAAGCUUUGCAGUGGCAGCACGCGCUCGCCUUGUUGGUUGAGCUGUUUGGAGCCGAGCAGCUGCAACAGAACAUCGUGAGCUUCAAUGCUGUUCUGGAUGCAGCGCGGACUGCCCGAGCCUGGCAGUUGGCGUUGGGGCUUCAGGCAUUGCUGGCUGCGGCAGCACUAGAGGCAGAUAUUGUAAGUCACGUCUCCGCCAUGGGGGCCUUCUACUUGGGAAGCCAGUGGCAAGUCCUUGUCGCUAGCACGGUGCCGGAGCACAAAGGAACUGUAGCAGAGGUGGUGGCAUUGCGUCUCCAGGCAGUGCAGCAAGGUGGGCAUCAUGGCACGGCUGCGAAGCUUCUGGAGGAACUGGGGCGAGCAUCAGCUGCGCGGCUGUACCCGUGA